GGCGGCAGCAACUUCCAGCGCUCGCCACUGAACUUUUCCUCAACUCCUUCCCCACCUCCCGCCGGCCGCCCGCACCCCCGGCCCGGCUCCGGCCGCAGCACCCCCCGCCCCGGUCCGCGCCGCCGCCCGCCGAGCCGGGCCGCGCCGAGCCGGGCCGGGCCGGGAGGCUGCGAGGGGAUGCUGCAGGUUGCCUGCGAGCUCCACGCCGCACCAGACAUGUCUAUGCAACAUGGCAGAGAGGGAGGGUGAAAAGCCAAGAGAAAGGGCAUUGUCAGUUUGGACACCUUCGCACAUGCGCACGGGCGGCUCCCCCCCGCUCUUCAACAUUUCAGCGCCGCCAAAAAAAAGUUUGCAGCGAUCCAUCACGGCCGGUGGGGACCCUGACAGCCGGCACCGGGGCCGGGACGGGCCGGGACGAGGCGCGCAGCCGCCGCCGGGCUGCGCCACCGCGGCCGCUCCGCCGCCCGCGCCCCCGGGAGGGGUCACCGCGGGGAGAGCCGCGCUCCCGCGGGGCAAGGGCUGGGGGGACAAGUGACACCUUUUUUUCCCA